AUGGGGAAUGGCACCAUCGCCGCCUUCUUCAUCGACCCCUUCCUUCAUGAGCCUAAGGUGGAGAAGGGGAACCUCCAGAUGUCAACGGCCGGUUCAAAGGGACCAUUGAGAUGUGAAUGGGAUACGAUAGCAAACGCUUCGUCGGCUGAUGGGGGACGACCGAUCAAUGACCCGCUGGGCCUCAGAGCGGGAGCUUCUAGUUCAUCGCCGCUUGAGGACGAAGGAAGGGAGACCAUCGUGGCAUCGCCCCCCAUCACCACCAUGGCGCGUAGAAGGGGCCGACCCAUGAUCGUCCCUAGCUUGUUGCCUCGACACCGGCCUGCAUCAUGCACGACACCAGUGGAGGGGCAGGGCCAAGUGACGGAGGGGGAGGCACAAGCGAUGGAAAAGGCAAGUGACGUUGGCAAUUCUUUGAUGGGCUUGCUGGUUGCUGUAGUUGCCGCGGUCGUGAAACCAUUCAAAAAAGACACAAACACUUCUGCGAAAUCAUCAAAAAUUAAACAAGAAGAGAAAGAACCAUCGAUUGCACGCUUCGUGGUAGCAUAUGUUUUAUUGGUUGUCCAAGUGCUGGUGCUUGGUAUUGUCUUGUGUCCUCUGGCAGUUCUGUAUAUGCUUGGGCUGUAUCUCUCUGCUGGAAUUUCUUUAUGGCGUCUGAUACAACAUGACUAUGGUAACCCUGAUGGAGGCGCCAACCUAAAGCCAGCUCUCAACGUCUUGUACUCCUUAGCCAUGGCCCAAGGUGUGGUUUAUGGCUACAGGGCCAUCUAUGAUUUAGUGGCAAAAACCGGACUAGUGGAAGAAGUGGCCAAUUAUUAUUCAUUAGAGACAGACCUAGUUUCGGAGUACCUAGACGAAACUGUGGCAGGAUGUAUGAAGGAUCCGUCGUUUGCGAGAGGAAGGAACCUCGUCACAUAUGCUGUGGACUUAUUGAUGGAAUCUAAGUCUAGGUAUGGCUACAUUUCUGGGGUUCUGAUUCUUGGAAAAAUGGAUAGGUAUUAUUAUGGACAGCAGGGUCUGAUGAAACAACUACUGACUGGAUCAGCGUCCUUUAGCCACGUGGUCCAGCGACUACUAGAGACAUUUGGUCCGAGAAGCCCAUGUAGCACAGAGAUCAGGGUGCGAGCUGCCAGGAUAGUGGCAACUGUUGCUGGCAGCAUCUGUCUGGACCACUUCCCAGCUCAAGGGAUGAUGAUGAUUCAGUGUGUAUCAUCCCUGCUCGACACAUUUGAAGAAUACAGGUGGCGGCCUGAGGGAUACGAUGAGCGACAAUACAGGUACAAGGAGUGCGAUCGGGGCUGGCUGCUAGGUGACCGGGAGCUUAUGUACCUACAUGUCGACAAAAUUCCAACCGCGAAGGCCGCUGACAGAAAGACACAGGGCUACAAAGGUCUGGUGGUGCAAGGCCUAUGUAUCCUUCAGGGUCUGGCCGCCAAUGAGGACAACUGCAGAAUCAUAAGGAACGCUCAAGGUCUGCUAUACAAGGCAAUAUCGCCUCUUAUCUCAGACCAACUUCACGGCGGUGACCAUCAUGAUGAAUGGUCCAGCAUGGCAGAGGAAUCAUUGGUACUGAUUUCACGGCUUAUGGCUACUCCGUAUCCAGGAGAGACCGGAACAAAGCUGCCAAGUGAGAUCUCAGGCAACAUCCAAGUCAUCAUCAGAGCCAUCAAAGUUAUUCUAGAGUGUGUCAGGUGUCAAGCGCUGCUGAAAAGACAAGCCGUAGAGGUCCUCCUACACCUGUCUCUGUAUGUGGAUACACAUACACCAGACUCCAUUAUGCUUAUGCCCGGUGGAAGUGGAAGCAGCAGCAGCACAAUGUUCGUAUGGAUGCUGCUGCACAUUUCUCUUGUUCCAGAUUAUCACUUUGACAGGAUGUGCGGUUCCGCUCAUUUGGCAAAGAAGAGCAGUGACAUCAAAGGAUUAGCAGGUGAAAAGCUGCAGGGCAUGCUGUCUUCAUCUUCACAAGCGAGUACGCUGAGAUCAGUUGGUGACGUUAUUCGCAGCCUUGCUACAGCAGUUGCAGAUGCCGAAAACAAUGCAUACAUCAGAAUACAUGCAGCAAAAAUCCUGGAGGACCUGGUCCAUUACUACACCAAGGAUGAUGAGAAUCUCAAACAGCUGAAGAAAGCCAUGACUGAUGCGAUGCCAGAGGUGCUCAAAGAAAUUCUCCAUGGCCGAGGCAUGAGAGAAGCAGGAAUACAAGCUGUAACAGAAGCAAACAACGGCGGCAAGAUUCCGGCAGCUGGCGCGGACCUAGAACAAGGUGGUUCUUCGCAUGAUAACAAUGGUACUUCUCAUCAGCAAAAGGGUGAGCAACACCAGGGAAUCCAACUGCAGAAGGCCUUGGGAGAAUUGUGCUGCACGGUAUACCACUACUGGAUAUGGAAACGAGACCAAGAUUUGGCUCGUCAGUUCGACGAGAUCGCAGCCAAGAUAUGUGCGGGACAGGGGAUGCCUCACAAGACUUUCAGAUCACUUGUGUAUGAAGCAACCAAGAAAAUUUGGGAGGAGAAGAGGCCUUCAAGAUUGGCGGCUGAACGUACCAGCUAA